AUGUCCUUCGACGGCCCGCCAGUCGCUACUACUGACUUCCUUGAGCAUUCGCUCAUGUUUCAUGACACACUGCUAUCUUCUCAGAUUCUAGCAGAAGACGGACCUGAGAGAACAGUCAGUUCUUCUUCGUUCUUGACUACAUCUUUCGGGACGACUGUAUCUGAGUUGAGUAGCCCUAGUAAAGUCAAUGAGCACAACUUGAUCCUUCAAGUUCCAUCUAAUAUGGCUAUAACAUCACUUGGAUCUUUACCCAGCGCAGCGCGUCUAUUAGGAAUGUAUCCUCAAACGCCAACACCAAAUUUCGUCUGCGUUUUAACUGCGAAUCCCGAACAGCGAGAAGUCUUCGUCAGGAAAGGCGAAUACAAAAUGAACCUCUGGGAAAUUGUCGUCGCGGAUGAUACGCAUACAGGCUUCAAAGUUACUUUCUGGCUACGCCCACCUUCAGAGUUAAACAAUAAGAGAGAUCAUGCACAACAAACGCUCCUUGAAACUCUACGGGGUAUCAAAGUCGGUGACAUCCUUCUCCUGCGCAACGUCGCGCUCAGGCCGUUCCGUAACGAGGUGUUUGGACAAUCUUUACAUCAAAACAUUACACGCGCUCGAACAACCAUUGAUGUCUUGAUGCGCAGCAGUGGCGCGUCGGUUGCUCAGCUUGAUGGACUACCUGCGUUUGCAACUGAGAAGUUCAUGAGAGUCAAGAGAUUUGCAAGGAUGCAUAUUGCAUCCGAUGCUGCCGGCUCAAAAAAGAGGAAGAUGGACAUCCCACAAAAAGACACGUUUGUGAAGCGGCGUAUAUCAGGUCAUGAUCUCGACGAUUCCAUGCCGCCAGACACGAUGGAAUCUGUUUAAAAAGUCGCGCCUUCAGUCUGGCAUAAGAUCAGUUUGAAAAGAAGUCCGAGUAUAGAGAUGUACCGAUAGGCUCCAGGACGAUUCACGGCUUCCCAGUUCCCUGCAGUAUAUCGAUAACCCCAGUGGAUACCAAUCAGCACGUGUUGAUAAUGCCAGUAUCGUCCGUCAUCCUACACAGCCAUAUCGGACUCUCUUUGGGUCCGAAGUGCGCCUGAAUUUCGGCUGCUUGUUAAUCUGCUCCUCGGGAGUGUCGCACCAUUGCGAGGUGGCCUGUGCGGCGGCACUGCCAUCUCGGACGCUGAACACUACCUUUUUCUCCAAGUGCUACAUCGACGACUAGUAUGUGCACUUUUUGGGUUAUCUUUGUAAAGUCACUCAUGAUCGCACCACAAAUUCGUGACUUCCAACACUCUAUCAAUUUCGGUUGUGUC